AUGGAGAGUCAUCGUGGGCGAAAGCAACUCGAAGACUACUUCAUGAAAGUUUCUAUCGGACACCACGGUCGUGAGGCGCUCAAAGGCGAAUUUGAGUCCACCUUGGCCAUUUAUAACAUCACCCCCGACUUCUGCCCCAAACCAAUCGCUUGGGGUACCUUCGCCAGCGAUCCGACGUCGCACUUUUAUAUUUGCAAAUUCUACGACUUUGUCGAAGGCUUUGGAUUCCACUGCGUGACGUACAAUGGCAAUCUACCGCAGGACAAUUCUUGGUUCGACAGCUGGGAGGCUUUCUUCGCAAAUGGCCUCCGACACGUGCUAAGGAUUCGAGAGGAGAGAGCCGGACCUGACGCCGACUUAGAUAGUCUUCUCCCUACUUUGUUUAAUAGGAUAAUCCCACGGCUUCUACGCCCGCUAGAGAGUGACGGCCGUAAGAUAUUGCCUUCACUAGUUCAUGGCGACCUCUGGUAUGGCAAUGCUGGAAUUGUCGACGAAGGUACUGAAGAGGGUAUAGUAUAUGACCCGGCUAGCUUCUGGGCGCAUAACGAAUACGAGCUUGGAAACUGGCGCCCCGAGCGAAACAAGUUCACUCGUCGAUACUUUAAAGCAUAUCACUCUCAUAUCCCCAAGUCCGAGCCUCAGGAAGACUACGACGAUCGGAAUGCACUUUACUCCUUGAGAUUCAAUCUGCAUGCUGCCGCCAUGUUUCCGCAUCAGGGAACGUUUCUGCAAAUGGCAGUCGACGAGAUUCGAAGGCUUACACAACAAUAUGUUUCAAGUCGACUUCGCCUCGCUAUCAAUUAUACCAUGGACCUCCCCGAUACCUUUGUGUUGAAUAAUGGCCGGAGGGUUCCUGCCAUCGGUCUUGGAACCUUUCAAGGCGAGGAGGGAAACUCUUCAGUCAAGAAUGCUGUGAAGUUGGCUCUGGCCCAGGGUUAUCGGCACAUUGAUGGGGCCCACGCUUACGGGAAUGAAAAGGAAAUCGGCGAGGCUAUUAAGGAGAGUGGAAUCCCCCGGGAAAAGAUCUUUAUGACGUCUAAGCUCGCCCAGACAUGGCAUGAUCCUUCCGAUGUUGCAAGAGCCUUGGAUGAAUCGCUUGAGAAUCUUCAACUGGAUUAUGUUGACUUAUAUCUGAUGCAUUUCCCUCAUGCUUAUAAGGCCGGCAAGAAUAACAAGACCGUGAGGCACCCAAGCGGUAACGGCAAGCCUGUAAUAGACUAUGAACGGUCCAGAAGAUAUCCAGAAACUUGGGCAGCAAUGGAGAAGCUUGUCGCCUCUGGCAAAGUACACUCGAUUGGAUUGUCUAACUUCAACAUUCUUAAGACUAAAAGGAUUCUCGAGAUCGCUAAGAUUAUCCCGGCCGUCAUUCAAGUGGAAAUCCACCCAUAUCUCCCACAGCAUGAGCUCCACCACUUCUCGGUCCAGCAUGAUAUCCUCGUCAUGGCUCAUCAACCCCUCGGUGGCCGGCCGAUACCCCUCGUUCGAGGAAACCCCGACCAGCCGUUUCCUACAGAAGACCAAAAGAUCAAAGACAUCGCCACCCAGUGUAACAUGACUCCCGCACAGGUUUGCUUGUCUUGGGCCGUGCAGAGAGGUAUACCAGUUAUUCCCAAAUCCACCAACGAAGCGCACAUGAAAGAAAAUCUACGACUUAAAAAGCUUCCAGACGAUGCUUUUGUCGUCGUCGAUCAUUUGUCUUCGGAACGGGGGCCUCUUCGGUUCCUUGACCCCAGGCGACACAUAGGCUUCGACAUUUUUGAUGAAGAACAGGAUCAGCCAGUGGAGAAUAGUGCCCCCUGGGAUCAUCACUGA